AUGCCCGCUGUGCAAGCACCAUUCUCACCUGACACUUCCCGACAAUGGCAGGAUACGCUGGGGACAUACGGCGCACUGUCCUACGAAGACUCCAAAAGAUGGACCCACAAGCUUUCCGAGCUACCUUGCAUCAACCAACGAUACUUCCAUCCAUGGUGCAUCAAGCCGCCCCUGUGGAUUUCCGACGUCUCCGCUACCACCGCCUGUCCUGGCGCGGCGAUUCGGUUCUGCUUCAGCCAAUACGCGCGCGGCAUCCAACUUCGCGAGUGCAGAAAUUCCGCAUGCGUUGCCAGAAGAGAAGAGCUUGACGAUGUCGUGCCUCAAUGCGCGUGGGCCCGCUUCCGAGAAUGGAUCAUCAUGCUGCUCGGCUGCACACUGCACCUCAAGAACGGAGAGACUGACGUGAAGACGACUCCUUUCUGGGUAUGCGAAUUGCGGCUUGACAGGAUCUUGCGGGAUUUCGACAGAGGAAACAGCAGGCCGCUGGACCGGCCAUGCGUGGACGUCAUGGGUAUCCGCAGCAUCUUUGCUUGGGUGCUGUAUACCCAGGUUGAAGGGCGAUUUUGGGGCUUCAUCCGGGAUUCGACAAACCAGGACGAGCAGUCGCAAUCAAUGCAGGCUUUGUACCACGCUGCUGCGGUUGAAGCCGUGGACGAAGCGGUUGGUAUGGGCAUCUGUCCGUGGAGGUUGGAAAAUGUCUCCAGGCUCAGCUUGAGAGGGGAGGUGGAUCUGCCGCCCAUCGUACAGAUGGUCCGCCAAAAGGAACACUUGAAGAUUGCUUUGGGAAGCGAAAAGCAUGGAGAGUGUACAGCUGAUUUCUGCAAAAUAAGCAAGCUGGAGAGCACCGGUGUUCAGCAACUGCAUAUGUGCCGGGGUCACACCUCUUUGAUUGACUCCGAGAAGAUACAAGAAUCUCCUUAUGUAGCGAUUUCCCACGUCUGGUCGGAUGGAACAGGAGUCGGGUUGAAACCACCUGGUACCGUAAACAGCUGUCUCUUCGAUUACUUUGCAGACAUAUCCGAGAAGCUUGGCUGCAAAGGUAUCUGGUGGGACACGAUAAGCAUUCCGGAGGAUUCCGAUGCUCGGAAAAAAGCCAUUCUCAGAAUGAAUUCUGAGUACGAGAAUGCCGCGUUCACGGUCAUCCAUGAUUCUGCCUUGGUAAAUUUCGAAUGGAGAGAGGACGGGAGUCCUUGCGUCGCGCUCUUUCUCUCGGACUGGUUCACUCGAGGCUGGACUGCGGUGGAGUUCUGCAUAUCACGGCGCGUCAAAGUUCUUUUCAAGGAUCCGAGUUCUCCAAAUGGACCACCUCUCAUCAAGGACUUGGACAAGGAUGUUUUACCUUCGGCAGAGCAUCUUUGUCACCUCGGUGUCCGGAGUGCACAGCACAUCAUUGCGAAGUUCCGCGAAUUCCGCCAUGAAAAUGAGAGACCAAACGGAUCUACAAGACACCCCAGCAAAAUACGCAGGAGCGCCCUCAUAAAUGACUUCAAAAAUCUCACCGAUGUCAUAGCAACGCGAACAACAUCUCGGAAGAAGGAUGAGAUGAUCAUCGCAGGCCUCCUGGGCCUCGAAGAGCUGGACAAGUCUUUGGACUCGGCUGCAAUCACCAAACAGAUCAUUCAAAGAUUCGCAGCGCACAUUCCGACGUCGAUUCUUUUCCACAAGGAACCAACCAUUUGCUCGUCUGGUCCCUGGUCAUGGUGUCCAUCGUCGCUAUAUGACAUCGUAGCUGUUGGACCGAAGAGACAGACGACGGCUUCAGAUCCCCAGGCCCUGUCCCGCGGCGAGAUUGUUCUUUACCUCCGACACCAGAUUCUCGAGCGCGAAGACUGUGGCUUUGUCAUUCCCCAAAGCGACAAUGCCGAGGUGAAGCGGAUAAAGUCUCACCACCGUCCUGCUUCUUGA